AUGGAGUUUCAACCGAUUGAACUUCCAAUAAUUGAUCUUUCACCUUUAGAAGAUAAUCAUUUAAGUCAAAGUAAAGAAUUAACGAAAAUUGCCGAUGAUAUUAAUAUAGCUUGUGCACGUUUUGGAGUUUUCUAUGUAACCACAUCAUCUUUUCAACUUUGCGAUCAAAAUAAUAUAUUUGAAUCUUCUCGUCAGUUUUUUUCACUACCUGAAGAAAAAAAGAACGCAAUUCCUAUUAAACCUGGAGGUUUUACACGAGGAUAUAUAGGGCUGGGACAUGAAUCAGGCUCUCAUCGAUUUGAAGUUAAAGAAGCAUUUUCAUAUGGAUAUGAGUGGAAUCCUAAUGAACAACCUACAAAUUCAUUACAGGGACGAAACGAAUGGGGUGAUUUAGAAAAAAUUCUAGGUGAACAAUGGCGUAAUUCUUUAAAUAAAUAUUAUGAUAAGAUAGUAGCCAUUGCAGAGUUAGUGGUAAAAAGCUUAGAAAUGGCACUUGGUGUUGAAUUAAAAGACCACUGUGUGGGGGGAGAAACCAUCUCAAUCAUGAGAUUAUUUAAAUAUUAUCCAUAUAACAAUGAAGGAGAUAACAAGACAGAAAAUAUUGGAAGUUCACCACACACUGGUUGGUUUAACAUUGACAUACUCUUGAUUUGUUUCUUUUAUGGAAGUCUAAGUAAUUAUUUUCUUUGA